GGCUGCCUGCCUUUGAGCCGGCCCCGACCCGGGCCGACCUUUUGAACCCGUUUGAUAAUGUAAAGGGGCCUAACCUCAAAGAGACCGCGGCCGGCACGCGGCUCGCCUGGCCUCGGCCCUCAGCCCCGCCGCAGUGCGUCAUGCGACGCGCCGGGCCGCACAUAGCCCGCCCGCCGCCGAGCUCCUGGCCUCUCGGGCCGAGACACAGUGGUUGUUUUUUAGGCUAAGAACACAUUCAAACGAACUUUAAACAUGGCGUCGGAGCAGUCGAUGCCGCCGCCACAAGCGCUGGCCGAUGCGAACAACAACACGCGCCGCGCCCCUGCCAUCCCGGGCAUCUACGACCUGAACCAAGAGGACUCCAACUGGAUGGUCACGAAUGCCUUCAUCAUAUUCACCAUGCAGACAGGAUUCGGCCUGCUCGAAUCGGGAUGCGUGUCACAAAAGAAUGAGAUCAACAUCAUGAUGAAGAACGUGGUGGACAUCUUCCUGGGGGGCUUCACCUACUGGCUGUUUGGUUUCGCCACGUCCUUCGGCCACUCCACAGUGCGGAACCCUUUCAUCGGGUGGGGUGACUUUGCGCUCGACUCGGCCGACUCGGACCCCAACAUGGGCGCGCUCUUCACCGUCUUCCUGUUCCAAAUGUCGUUCGCGACGACGGCCACCACCAUCGUGUCGGGCGCCAUGGCCGAACGGUGCAACUUCAAGGCUUACUGCAUCUUCUCCUUCAUGAACACGGUCGUGUACUGCAUCCCCGCGGGCUGGGUGUGGAGCGACACGGGCUUCCUCAACGAGAUGGGCGUCGUGGACAUCGCGGGGUCGGGGCCCGUGCACCUGGUGGGAGGCAUGUCAGCCUUGGCCUCGGCCAUCAUGCUGGGCCCGCGGCUGGGGCGCUACGACACGGGCACUGCGCCCAUGCCGCUCGGCACCCCCGUCAACGCCGUCAUGGGCCUGUUCGUGCUGUGGUGGGGCUGGCUGGCCUUUAACUCGGGCAGCACGCUCGGGGUGUCCGGGGCCAAAUGGCACUACUCUGCCAAGGCGGCCGUCAUGACGCUGCUGGCGUCCUUCGGCGGGGGCUUCAUGGGGCUGUUCUACACGCUGCUGCGCAACGCGGGCAACGUCGAGGUCAUCGACCUCAUCAACGGCGUCCUGGGCUCGCUCGUGUCCGUCACAGCUGGCUGCUUCCUCUACACGUCCUGGGAGGCGAUCCUCAUCGGCUUCAUCGGCGCGGGCAUCACGUGCGUCGCCAUGCCCCUCUUCGACGUGCUGCACAUUGACGACCCCGUGGGCGCUACCUCGGUGCACGGCAUGGCGGGCAUCUGGGGCGUGCUGGCCGUGGGGCUGUUCUCCUCGGGGCCACCCGACAUGCCCACCACGCAGGGCCGGUCCGGCCUGGUGCACGGCGGCGGCUUCUACCUCCUGGGCGUGCAGGCGCUGUCCGCGCUGUGCCUCGGCACGUGGUCCUUCUGCUCCACCAUGGUCAUGCUGUGGCUCAUCGACAAGGUCGUGCCCAUCCGCCUCGGCCCGCACGAGGAGCUCAUCGGCGCCGACCUCAUCGAGCACCGCGUCAAGCACGACGGCGUGGGCGUGGACGAGGCGCUCGCCAUCCUGGCCGACCACUUCGACUCGCGGCUGCUGUCGCAAGUGCGGUCCAUCGGGACCAACCCAGGACACGAGGCUUACCUCGCGAAGCACUUCAUGCCCGCGACACUCCCGGUCUACCCGAGAUCCGCCAAGGGGUCCGCCAAGGGGGCCAGGCCGGCUGCCGCUGGUGUCGCCGCGGCCGCCAAGAAGGUCGAGACGGCGAGCACCUUGGCCGCGCUGCUGCGGGGAGUGUCCUUUGGCGACCCGGACCCCAAACAGAAGCACGCUUGGGUCGACUGAUGCUCCCGAGUUGAUACUUCUCCCUCCGAACGCUACAGUGGCAAAAAGAAAGGUGUUAAUUCGCAUCUUUGCAGGUGGCAUUUUUUAAAUUGUAAAUUUCUGUACAAAACACUAGGCAGCAUAUAGCGCAUCUGUUUUUGAGUCGCUUUUGAUCCAAGUG